AUGGACUGUGAAUCAGAAUCCUUGCAAAACAAUUUUACAAGUUCAGUUAUUAGUGAGAUACAUAUGGAUCACAAAAAUUUCUCCUUAAAGUCUGUAUCGGCAAUGAUAGAGAAAACUCAGUCACAAAUCUCCCUUCAAAGUUCGAAAAUUCCAGUGACAUUUAUAGGCGCUAAUCCUUUUAAUCAACUAUUGCCAGGUAAAAUUGGGUUUGUGACAGUUCUUAUUUUGAUUGUCAUAACUUCUGCUACCUUAACUAAGCUUAAUCGCCUUUUUUUGCUGUACUUUCGAUCUACUUCUGCUUAUAUUUCAGGUCGACGUCGCUGUCAAUGCCAAGCACAAGUUCAUAAAUUAAUUCGAAACUGUAUGGGUUGUGGACGUAUAGUGUGCGCACAGGAAGGCAGUGGACCGUGUAUGUUUUGUAAAACGCUUGUCUGCACUCGAGAAGAGCGUCGAAUUUUGGAUAUGCAGACGGAAGAAUCAGCCAAGCUUUAUAAGAAAUUAGUGGGGGACGUUAUUCCCACAUUUGAUAAAAAUCGAGCCAUCGCUCUAAGUCCUUCACAUAAAGAAUCUUUCGCAAAAGCUGAACAGGAUAGAGAUAGAUUAUUAAGGGCAAAUGCUGAUAAGGAAAUGCGAAGACGCAUUCAUGAUUUAGAUUCUGAUUAUUUUAGUAUGGAAAGUGACAUAUAUCUCACGAAAGAGGAGAGAGAAGCUAUAGUAAAGCGUAAAAAAGAAUUGAAAGAAAUUCGAAAGCAUCGAAAUCGAGCUGUUGUGGUAGACUUCGAUUUUGAUAAAGGCAUAACAAAAAAAACAGAAUGUGAGCGUGAUCCAGUUCUAGAAGCAAUUCUUGAAUCGUCCUAUAAGCGCCAAGAAGUUAAACCAUCGAAAUUACAACUUAGAAGUUUUGGAGGAUUCGUACCAAAAGUCAAAAAUCCGGAAUUACCUUGUCAAACAGACGGUUUUGUUAAACAAGAGAUGAACUUUUUGUCCAAUGAACUUCAAUAUGUAGAGGUAGCAAAGAAAGGUUAUUCGAUUGCUCUUAUGCAACCAGUCGCUACAUUAUUAGCUCACGGAUUUCGGAGGCAUAUUUUUUGGAAUGAAUAUGUCGAUAUUAGAGGCCCAAUAUUAAUUGUUGCAAAAACUAUAUCUGUUUCUAAUGAUCAAAUUGAAAAGGAAAUGUUGCGCUUCACAAAAGAUGUAGGGAAUCGCGAGUUUCCAUCGGACUUUCCUCAGGGUGGCAUUUUAGGUCGUGCAUUGCUUAUCGAUUGUGUAGCGCUAGAGGACUAUGAAAAGGAUAAUGCAGACGAUGGAUAUUUGGAUGAGGAAGGAUCGUACGUACUUAUAUUUGAUAUCUUUGAACCAUUGAAUGCAGUCAUUCCUCACAUCCCUCCUUCAGACGGUAUUUAUGUUAUGAAAAAACACUUGGUAAAAAUUGUAGAAAAAGCACUUAAUUUUUCUCUGUCUUCAUCGUAA